ACGGUUACGGAGCUCCGUUACUAUAUACAAAACACCAAAUUAGGGUUUUGCCUCUCGCAAUUUUCACUCUUCAGCUUCAACCCUAAGAAGAGGAACUUCAUCUCUGAGGAACCCAUUCUGCAGAAUCAUCCAACAUGGCUAGGGGAUUGAAGAAACAUUUGAAGAGACUCAAUGCUCCAAAACAUUGGAUGCUUGACAAACUUGGUGGAGCCUUUGCACCAAAGCCGUCAUCUGGACCCCACAAGUCAAGGGAGUGCCUGCCUUUGAUUCUCAUCCUGCGAAACAGACUAAAAUAUGCUCUAACAUACAGAGAAGUUAUUGCCAUUUUGAUGCAGCGCCAUGUUCUUGUUGAUGGCAAGGUUAGGACAGACAAGACAUAUCCCGCUGGUUUCAUGGACGUUGUUUCUAUUCCCAAAACAAAUGAAAGUUUCCGUCUUCUGUAUGACACCAAGGGUCGUUUCCGUCUCCACUCUGUGAGGGACGAAGAAGCCAAGUUUAAGCUCUGCAAGGUUCGAUCCGUUCAAUUCGGACAGAAGGGUAUUCCCUAUCUUAACACCUAUGAUGGUCGCACCAUCCGCUAUCCAGAUCCACUAAUUAAGGCCAAUGACACCAUCAAACUUGACCUUGAAAACAACAAGAUCACUGAUUUCAUCAAGUUUGAUGUGGGGAAUGUUGUCAUGGUCACCGGAGGAAGAAACAGAGGCCGUGUUGGUGUCAUCAAGAACAGGGAAAAGCACAAAGGAACUUUUGAGACAAUCCACGUCCAGGAUGCAAGUGGUCAUGAGUUUGCCACUCGGUUGGGCAAUGUCUUCACUAUUGGCAAAGGAACAAAGCCUUGGGUGUCUCUUCCCAAAGGCAAAGGUAUCAAGUUGACAGUUAUCGAAGAGGCUAGAAAGAGGCAGGCCGCUCAAAACGCAACAGCUGCAUAGAUUUUUGAUUAAGUUAUAUUGCUAGCAAAUCUUAGUUAUAUUUAGAUGAGCGCGGUUUUUUGUUGAAGUGACUGAGCAGAGUUUUGGUUUUCAUUGCAGUAGUGCAUUUCUAUACUGUCUUCAUGUUAUUUCAGUUUAAUUUAAUUACCUUAUGAAUAUUGGUUA